GGGCGGCCGCCGCAGUCGGCGCGCGAUCGCGGAGCCGGGCGCAGCCGGGAGCCGGGCGCCAGCGAGCUCCGGGCCGAGGAGCAGCGACCGGCCCCCGCCCCGGGCCGGCCCAGCGCGCCCGGUGCCCCCGCGCGGCGGCCCCUCCGGCCCCCCCGCCGCCGCCCCUCGCCGCCCGCCCGCCCGCCCGCCGCCCGCGGCCGCGGUCAUGUCCUUCCCGCAGCUCGGCUACCCGCAGUACCUGAGCGCCGCCGGGCCCGGCGCCUACGGCGGCGAGCGCCCCGGGGUGCUGGCCGCGGCCGCCGCCGCUGCGGCCGCCGCCUCCUCGGGCCGGCCCGGGGCGGCGGAGCUGGGCGCGGGCGCGGGCGCGGCCGCCGUCACCUCGGUGCUGGGCAUGUACGCCGCGGCCGGCCCGUACGCGGGCGCGCCCAACUACAGCGCCUUCCUGCCCUACGCCGCCGACCUCAGCCUCUUCUCGCAGAUGGGCUCACAGUACGAACUCAAGGAUAACCCCGGGGUGCACCCGGCCACCUUCGCCGCCCACACGGCGCCUGCCUACUACCCCUACGGCCAGUUCCAAUACGGCGACCCCGGGCGACCCAAGAACGCCACGCGCGAGAGCACCAGCACGCUCAAGGCCUGGCUCAACGAGCACCGCAAGAACCCCUACCCCACCAAGGGCGAGAAGAUCAUGCUGGCCAUCAUCACCAAGAUGACCCUCACGCAGGUCUCCACCUGGUUCGCUAACGCGCGCCGGCGCCUCAAGAAGGAGAACAAGGUGACGUGGGGCGCGCGCAGCAAGGACCAGGAGGACGGCGCCCUCUUCGGCAGCGACACGGAGGGCGACCCCGAGAAGGCGGAGGACGACGAGGAGAUCGACCUGGAGAGCAUCGACAUCGACAAGAUCGACGAGCACGACGGCGAUCAGAGCAACGAGGACGAGGAGGACAAGGCGGAGGCGCCGCGCGCGCCCGCCGCCCCGACGAGCGUGCUGGCUCGGGACCGGAGCUCCCCGCUGGCGGCGGCCGACCUGCUGAAGCCGCCAGACUCGCCCUUGGGCCUGGCCAAGGAGAUCCCCGAUCCCGGCAGCACUCGCCUGCUCAGCCCCGGCAGCGCCGCGACGGGGGGCCUGCAGGGCGCCCCGAACAGCAAGCCCAAGAUCUGGUCCCUGGCCGAGACCGCCACGAGCCCCGACGGCGCGCCCAAGGCGUCCCCCCCGCCGCCCGCGGGCCACCCCGGCGGCGCGCACGGGCUGCAGCACCCAGCCUUCCUGCCCAGCCACGGACUGUACACCUGCCACAUCGGCAAGUUCUCCAACUGGACCAACGGCGCGUUCCUCGCGCAGGGGUCGCUGCUGAACAUGCGCUCCUUCCUGGGGGUGGGCGCGCCCCACGCCGCGCCCCACGGCCCCCACCUGUCGGCACCGCCGCCGGCGCAGCCGCCGGUCGCCGUGGCCGCCGCCGGGGCGCUGCACGUCGACAAGGCCUCAGCCCGGUGCAGCCCUGCCCUUCCAGAGAGAGACCUGGUCCCGACGCCCGAUUCGCCGGCCCAGCAGUUAAAAUCGCCCUUCCAGCCGGUACGCGACAACUCGCUGGCUCCGCAGGAGGGAACGCCGCGGAUCCUAGCCGCCCUGCCGUCUGCCUGAUUCUGGGUCUUCUUUUACUUUUGAGAGGGGUGGGUGGGAGUUGGGGAGGGAGGGGUGCGGGAGGAAUUAAGACGAAUAUUCCAGACUGGUGUACAGGACGGACGGGACGACGCGUCCAUCGCUUCCCGCAGCAGCCGCGGCCCGGGGGCGGCCACCGCGCGCGCGCCCGCCCGCCCGGGUGCCCGGGUGCCCGGGUGGACCGUCCGGCUCGGUAACUGCCCCCCACGUGCUUGUGUCUUCCUUUUCUUUGUUUUCCUUUCUGUAUAUAGUGAUUUCAGAUUGUAAAUAGCGCGUCAGCGAACUUGUCUAAAUCAUAUAUUUUUGUCUAAUAAACUAAAUGAAAUGAUGCCCCA